UAAAAAAAAAACAUUCACUUGACAAUCGACAACUUGACAGUGACAUAUUUUGGUUACAAAAUACUAAUUCGUAACCCUAUUUAAUUUCACGGUUACGAAUUCUUUAUAGGGUAUUUCUAUUUUCAAUAUUAAAACUAAACAAAUACAGUGUAAAUUACCAUCAAAAUGAAUAUUGUUAAGAAUCUUUGGAGAACCGCACCAGCCAUACGAAGCAGUUUUCUCAUCAAUCACAACAUUCAGAAUGCUAUUCGUCCGCUUUCCAGUACAAUAACACCUAUAACAAACAUCGCAGUAAAUGCUCCUCCAGUGGAACUAGACAAAUUAUAUAAAAGAGUGGAACUGGAAAUGAAAGGUAUUGACCCAGCCGUAUUGCUGAGUUAUUCAUGGUUUUGUAUCGCGGCUGCAUCUCAUUUAGGCAUUGAAGUGACUAAGAAUUGGGCGCUGAGGAAAGCUGAAAAAGAAAGACAUACCCUAUUAAGAUGUGUUCACAUUUAUAAAAAGCACAAAGUACAAUACGAGAUCAGAACUUACUUCAGAUUUAUCCAUUUACAACGACUUACUGGUUCCACAUGCGACACUUACUUAGAAUACAUAGAGAGAAACCUACCGGAAGGCUGUGCUCUUAAAGUCACAAAGGUUGAAUGUCAAAAACUCCCAGAUCAUAUUGUACCACCAACUGAAUAAUUGAUCUGCUGGAAAUGCUUUAAAGUGUUAAGUUUUGUGUUUUAGUAUAGAUUUUUCUAGAAAUAAAUGUGUAUUAAAUUCA